AGCUAAAAUAGCAAAUAUCUUAUCAAGAAAAAAUCUAGUAUUUUCCAUGAAGGAACUUGGAGCCAAGAAUCAAGUUACAAAGACAACUAUAGCAGGAAGGAAAAUGAUGAUCAUUCACAAGAAUCAAGGAUUUGAUGAUGAUCAAAGGGUGAUGAAAAAUCCAACUUCAGUUUUUUCAGGUGCUCCUAAAGUUAAUGAUCAUACUACAAGUGGUUAUAGCUCUAUGAAGUUGAAUGAAGCUUAUAGUACUACUGAUUAUCAUGGAAAUGAUCAAGAGAUCAGAUCAAAUGCUUUGAAGGACUCUUCUAUGGUAUCACAUGAUGUCUCACACACUAAGGUGGAGAAGGCUUUUCUCAAUCAAAGAAACUCAAAGCCAACAUCAAGCAACUCCAUCAAGGAAACAAUCAUACAAGAUUAUGAAACAAGAGUUAAAAAAGAUGAUGAGUCAAAGAGACUUUUGGAAGCAACUAAAGAGAUUAUGAAGCUAAUGAAUAGAGAUUAUGGAGGAAGGAAAAAACCCAAGAGAAGGACACCAAUUAACAAUAAUAAUCCCAAGCAUUAAAAAAACCCCUUCAAAUCAAUCCUAGUUAGUUAGGUUUUAUAAGGUUCACAAUUUUAUACCCUUAAUAGUAAGUGAACCUUUAAUCCUCACCGGGUAUAGUUUAGCAUUUGGCUUUUUUUUGGCCAUUAUUUGUGGGUUUUUAGAUUGAUGUUGUAGUCUAUUAAAAGAGUAUAGUAUAGUCAUUGUUAGAUGACAAAGUAGAAAUUUUUUUUGUAUAAUAUAUAUGUAUGUUCAAGCAUAAUACGUCUUAAUUAUGUGUCAUUACUCAUUGUAAUCAG